UUCCGAAAUAGAACAACGGAAGACUACAGGAGGUUCCAAACUAGAACUACGGAAGACUAGAGGAGGUUCCGAAAUAGAACAACGGAAGACUACAGGAGGUUCCAAACCAGAACUACGGAAGACUACAGGAGGUUCCAAACUAGAACUACGGAAGACUACAGGAGGUUCCUGGCAAACGGGACCAGGAUCUUCACUCGCUGUCUUCACCUCUUAUACUGUGAUCCAAACGACUAGCUCUGUAAAACUGUUCUUCUCACGGCAGGCCAAUGGCAGCCGGCCCGGUGGAGGACCAGGCCUUCGUUACCCUGGCGACCACUGAUGCCUACUGCAUGGGGGCGCUGGUGGUGGGCAAGAGUCUGCGUCGCCAUGGUACCCGGAGGAGGACCGUCGUCAUGGUGUCCCCUAACGUGUCCCAGGAAGCACGGCGUCCUCUAGAGCGUGUGUUUGAUGAGGUGGUGCAGGUGGACGUCCUAGACAGCGGUGACCGCGCCCAUCUGGCCUGGCUGGGGAGACCUGACCUUGGGGUGACCUUCACCAAGCUCCACUGCUGGACCCUCAUACGCUACCGCAAGGCCGUCUUCCUAGACGCCGACACACUCGUGCUGUGUAAUGUGGAUGAUCUGUUUGAGAGAGAGGAGUUCUCCGCGUCUCCUGAUCCCGGCUGGCCCGACUGCUUCAACUCCGGCGUCUUCGUGUUCCGGCCGUCGCUACACACACACUCCUCACUGCUGCAACACGCAGCACAGCACGGCAGCUUUGACGGUGGAGAUCAGGGUCUUCUGAACUCCUUCUUCGGUGACUGGGCUCGGACGGACAUCAGCAGGCAUCUGCCGUUCACAUACAACCUGAGUGCCAACGCAUUCUACUCAUACCUGCCUGCCUUCAACAGAUUUGGUCAUGAUGCAAAGAUUGUCCACUUCCUGGGCGGGGCCAAACCCUGGCACUAUAGCUACAACCCACAGGCCUAUCAGGAUUCAGGAUCUCCGCUGGACCAAUACGUGAAGCUCUGGUGGGCGGAGUAUCACAGGGAGGCUCCUCCCACCGAGCAGAAGUUACAAGUUACAACUAGAAAACAUGUACUCCACUCCCCCUUCUCUCUCCUCAUUCCUCUCCUCUCCUCUGCUCCUCACUGCUCUCCUCUCCUCUCCUCUCCUCUCCACUUUGCUCUGUUGAUCUCCUCCUCUCCUCCUCAUUCUUCUAUUCUCUUGUUCGACUAUUAUCUUCUCUUUUCCUGUACUCUCUCGCUCCUCUCCUCUCCUCCACUCCUCUCUUCUCCUUUCCUCUGCUCUUUCGCUCCGCUCCUCUUCUCCUCCUCUGCUCCUCAGAGUCUCCUGUUCCAGUCUUCUCCACCUCCUGCGCCUCCUCCUCCUCCUGGUCUGGCGUCCGCGUCUCUGCUCCCUGCUGAGGUCUGCUUUCCCCCGCCGCAGCUGCUCGCCUCUCUGCCCCCCGAGGUCCGCUCUCCGUUGCCCCGGCGACCCCCGCCAGCCCCCACUGACCUCACCCUCCACGUCCUGCCGCCCCCCUCCGCACCCCGGACACCCGUCGCCAUGAGGACGAAUCCCGAGGAUACACGUUCUGAUUGGACAGAACAACAAGACCCGCCCCCCGGAGAGGGAGGCGGAGCCUCUGGGUCUGAUUCGUCCAAUCAAGCUCACGACACAUCUCAUGAACAUCAGCAGGUGGAGAGUGAGGAGGAGAGGGCUCAUCGUCGGCGUAUGUGGGAGGAAGGACACGUGGAUUACCUCGGCAAGGACGCCUUCCAGAACAUACGCAAGAAACUGGACCGCUUCCUACACUAGACACACACACACACACACACACACACAC